GUUCUUCAGUACCAGAGACGCAUUAAAGCCUCUUCCAUGGAACGGGCUGGUUGUCAUAGUGUUAUUUUUUGAUGCCUUCAUGUGCCUGUUGAUCUGGACUCCACACCGGCGAGAAAUAAAUAUUUCUCUUAUACCUGUCGCCAUACUGGCCAUACGGGUGACUUGCCAGUUUCUAUGCCCAAGACUGCAUGCACGCAAUCCGCUACGCCGUGCCGUAUCGCUAUGGAGUCCUAUGGUUGCAAUUCUAUUUCUGGGUCCCUCUGUGCCAUAUGACUUUGAGAGCUGUGAAGCCUAUUAUAAUGAUAGCCCAUCCACCUUCACAAACUCAGUUCCGAAAUUGAUACUAUACCUGGUGUUGUGUGUGGCUGUGCUCCUACUGACAAUCAGCAAGCUGAGGUUCCCAGGCAUUAUGAAGCUGGCAGAUUCGACAAUCGGUAGAAAAUUGGCAUUUUGGCACAAAACUAUCAUAAACUUGUGUAUGUUUGCAGCGGCAAUUAUGUUAGUGUUCACUCCUGGCUGCCUCAGGGAUACGAUGAUGAUAUUGCAAGCAUAUUCUAUAGUGGUAGUGUUGUUUGGUAACCUCCAGAUUCCGGCAGCCGUAGUGCAUGUCGGGGUUGCAGUAGAUGGACUUUGUGGCCUAAGGUAUAUUGCCCUUGUUCAGACAAGCAACGAUGACAUGAAAAUCUUGCAACAUCUCUUGGCAUCUUCUAUGUGAUUGUGCUUGGACAAGGAACACUCUACAUUGUGGCAUGCAUUAUCCAGGUCUUUUCCUUCAUCCUUCAAAGAUUUCUCAUCCGUGGUGCUGGACUCAGAGGUGAGCGGGGGGUGGAAUAUGUCGACUUGUACUAUUCGUAUGCCUUCGAGAAACACAUGGAAGGGCAUAUACUUUCUGCAAAAGAUAUCAGCAUCAUCAAAUUUGCAAUGGAAUCUUUGAAAUCGGAUAGACCCAAGAUGCACCUCCAAGGGCUUCAGAUGCUCGACAGUUUUCUGAAAAAGGAGCCCUUCAGGACUAUGACCAUCUCGAAAUUCACCAGCUCCACCGACACAGUUGCCACAUUGCUCAACAUGUUAGAGUUGACAAGUGAAGCAGGAUACAGAGAUAUCAGAUUAUUUGCUGCAAAGGUCCUCGCCGAGCUUGCUGUGAGCCUCCGAGUUGCCCCUAUCCCUGGGGCAAUGCAGGGUAUAGCCUCACUUCUACACACUGUUCACCGUAUGAAAGUAAAAGAUUCCAUUCUGUACAUUGAUAGCCAAGAGCCAAAACAAGAAACCCCAAUCCAGCCAGCUGACACUGACAGGGAAGAACAUCACAACUGUCCUCCACUCAAAUUCUGGAAACAGAUGGCAAUAUACUGCUUGAUUCCUGUGGAGGAGCCAUCUAAAUUAAUAGAUGGACAAAACUCCAGCUGUAUACUGAAAUUUUGGAAGUACAUUACAAGAUGGUGUUCUGUUCCAGAGGAGGAGCAACAGGUGGACCAUGAUUUCCUCCCUGUACUGGGCAUGAUAAUUCUUGAAAGGCUUAGCUCCUUUGAUAUUGAAAAUUGCACGAAAAUCAGCAAAGCAGGCCUUGUCUCGACGAUCAUAGAAUUUACAAGCAGCAGAAUCGUCCUUGAAAACAUAAAUGAGGCGCAUCACAGGCUGCUGAAAGGUUCAGCGUUGAAGGUGCUGAGAAGACUAGCAAGCAUUGAAGGGAGGUUUGGUGUAAAACUGCGCCACGAAAUUUCAGAGCAUCCUUUCCUUCUGCGCAAUCUUGCAGGGAUCUUGGAUGACAAUGGGAGCUGCAGCCAACAACUUAAGGAGUUGGCAGCAGAGAUCCUUAGAGACCUUGCCAUGGAUGGAAACACAAGGCAGGAGAUUGGGCACUUCCAAGCUAUCAUUAGCAGGCUGGUGCAUGCAUUUCUUAGACGAGAUGUUGUGCCCUCGGUCACUGAUUCAGACAAGUCCCUGCAAAUUAUAGCCGGUCAAGCACUAACAGUGUUAUCAGUGGAGAGCCCCAGUAACUGUUUGGCUAUCUCGGCGGAAGCAGGGUAUGCGUUCAUCAAGGAACUCACCACUAUGAUCCAUGCUGACAGGUACAAGUACACAGCAGCAAGCCUGUUGCAGAACAUGUGUGUGCAUGCUCAAUCCAUGCUCAGCAAAGCAGACCUCAAGGAGCUCUCACACAUCUUGCCAGAGGUACCUAACUUACAAUUUACAUACGUCUCUGCAACCAAUCCUCAGAUUCCUACAAAUAUAUCGCUACGAAAAACUAGCAUACAUCCAUGCAAGUGUUUGCACCAACAUACAUGUUCAUGUGCGUUUUCUUGCAUUGCAUUCUAAUUUUAUUUAACGUGAUUGAGUAAUCUGAGCACUGUGACUUUUAAUACGUAAAACAAUUGUUGUGUGUAAUGCAACUAAAUAUGGAUCACCACAUGACUAAGUAGGUGCAAUUAUAACUAAAUUACUUUUUCACUACAGGUGCUGGAAGGCAUUAUGGAUGAAGAGGGCACAAAACUGGAGGUCCUUGCUGGCCUUGGUUCACAAAUAUGCAAAGUCAUACCUGAAGACUUUGCUCAAGAACUGGAGUGUGGCCAAACCAAGGAGAUGUUUAUAAAGGGGCUCAUCAGUUCACUGAAUGCAAAUAUGAAGCCCACUGCUUGUUGCCCCGGAGUCAUGAGGGCAAUAGUGGAAUUAGCUGUAUGCAUGAUGGAGUGCAAUCCCAGCUACACAAUCUGUUUCAACAAAUACCAGAUGCUGGAAGCACUGCUACUGGUAGAGCAGAGCCUCUCAAGGGCUGAAAACUACAGGUAUUUCUCGGAUGAUGUAGGACUCAUGGAGCACACUGUACCUCUCUCCGCUCUAGUGGACAGAGCAAAAGAAAUGAUAGGUGCCAACAACCUAUACUGGGGCCCGUAAAACUCAUUUCAGAAGUAGUAAGUUGUGUGAGAGCUUACUAUGAGUUGUGCCUACCAAUCCAAGAAGAUCCUGUGAAUCAGACAUAUGGAAAAUGCAGCUGGCUGGAUGUGGCAGCAGGGUCAAAAUAAAAGUAGUAUUGGCAUUGGACUCGCAAAAUCACGCAACUGCUUUCAGCAUGAGAAAAACGGUAGCAGUUGGGUGUUUGUGUCACUUAAAAGUAUUGAGCUUAUCAUGAGUUGAUUGUUCGGCCCCUUUAUAAUGAAUGGGGUUUCUUUUUGCAGUGAGAGUGUGAGUCUGAAGGCUAAUGUAAUUGCACUUAUUAAUCCUAUACAGUCACCUGUUUGUGUACUAUGGCAUUGCUGAUUGUUUAAGUACAUAUUCAGUGUCUUGAGUAAGAACUUGGGAUUCAGAACAAAGUUGAAUAUUCCCUUAACUUAUUUAAAUGUUGUUCAUAUUUCAGUAUGGUUCUCAGUUGCGUGGUAUUCUCAGCUUUUGUGAGUGGUGUGACGGUAGGGUAUUGGCCAGGUCCUGCAAGCUCGCCUGCACCAAGUAUAUUUUUCCUUUCGUUAUAUGCACUUUAACGGACAGCAAGGAAAGAGUAGUCACACAUACGGUGCAUGCUCGAUGGAUCGGAAGAUGGAUAAGGCAUCGAUCGAUCGAUCUCAUUCUCAUCUCACGCGUUUGUUUCUUCUUUCUUUCUUCCAAAUUAUUUCACCUAACAAUCAAACUCCCAAGCCGAAAUAGCUACAAGUAGUCUUACUCGCUAGCUAGCAGUUAACUGCCACUACUACUACACUUGAGUUUCCUUGUCAACUCGUCAAGUGUGAUAACUAAUUAAGCAUGUUCACGAGGUUUUCUUUUUUCCGGUAAAGACGUUCAUGGGGUUAGGUCCUUUACCGUGAAAUCAACCUAAUGGGGUUUAAGUACUAGACUUGGCACAUGUGCUUGCAUUUUCACACAUUUGUUCUAGUGUUUUGGGACCAUACAUAAUUAAGGUGCAUGUAUGCACUUCAGGUGGCUGGUCCAACCACGCACAAGGCUACCGAUGGGGUCCCUAGUAUUAUACGUUUGCUUGUGUGAGUAGACCAGCAUGCAUGACGAUCGACGAGUAGGGAAUACUACUACUACUACUACUACUUAGCUGGGCAUCUAUCUGGAGUGGCUUUCAGACUCUCUACUACUUUAUUUCUAAGCAUUAGCUAGCAAGCAUGGCUGGCUGAAGAAACAAACAGUGAACAUGGCUACAAAAACAAAACAAAAUAAAGCUAUUGUUUGCAUUUACUUGAGAUCUCUUUCGUCGAUCAUUGCGUUUGCAGAUGGUUCGUUAGUUCAACAAGCCCAGAAGUCAGUCAACCAGCCAGUGAGCCAGCCAAUAAAAGAGAAGAUUAGGUAGCAAAGCACAUCAGUACACGUCAAACCAAAGACUUAAUUAGACACAAUUACACAGGCAGGCAGCAAAAUGACUUGUUCUGCUCAGUUCAGCUGGAGUUCUUCAGAAUCACACCAAAGAAACUACAAUUGCCAUGCCUUGCAGGUGAAAGGAAAGCAUCCCUAGGGUGCUGGAAUAUAUGGUUCAUCUCUAGGGUGGGUCUAAACAAAACAUAUCCUAGAACCAUCGGCUAAACUGGCCCGACUACCUGCAUCAUCACUCAUCAGUAACACACAUUUCUCUUACUAGUCACCAAUGAUCUAUCGCCAUGGCACACAAAAGUAGGAAUACAGACUGUGGUCGUAUAUAUACC